AUGAUUACCCAAGCAGAGGCACAUCGCCUAGACCUACCUUGGCUGGUGAAAUCAGCUUCAGGAGCCUUUAUUCGACCACAUCUCGAGCUUCAAGCCUUCGUGUCCAACGAGCUUGAUGUCGACAUUCUUGACGACCUCGAGCCCUGGCUCUGGCUUGCUGGUCGCAUUGAUAAUAUUGCACCUCUUCACCACCAGCUAGUCCGCGGCCGAAGGGUUGUCAUCACGGAGCGAAUGAAAUUUCACCUACUGUGGCACGGCGACACGAUUUUUAUCAAGCCUUUGCCGACUUGGAUUCUAGACGAGGACUUUUGCCGCAGAACCACAUAUCACAACGAGACUCUGAAAGGCCGGCGUUAUGGCUUCUGCAAAACAUAUCUGUGGCUGAUACAGUACCGAUCCGACUUUAUCCUUGCACAAGAGCUCCACCUCCUGCCCUCCUCAAUGUCGUGGGACGAAUGGCAACGUCUAGUGCGUGAAAAAUGCACUUUGCUAUCGGACCCCAGCGUGUCUACCAGCCCACGAUUCCUACGCGGUGAGCUGCGUUUGAGCCGUGUGAAUAUGCUCUACCGCUACCUCCCUAGGUACAAGCUGCAUAACCUAUUCCGCGGGUAUUUCUAUGGCAGCGCAUCUUAUAAGGACUUCGUCCGCCAUCAUUUCGGAUGGUUGCUUGUGGCUUGUCUACUCAUGACACUGGUACUAGGGGCACUGCAACUGGGAAUCGCAACGGAAGAGCUGCGGAACAACUCGCAGUUCAGCCAGGUUUCCUAUGGCUUCACAAUCUCGUGCCUCACGGUUGUCUUUGGUGCAACACUGUGUGCAGUCACUGCCUCCGUAGCCGUGACCAUAUAUAAUGUGAGAGCCGCGGUCAAUCAGACCAGGCCUAACCCAAUCAUCAGCAACUUUCCACCGACGUCCAAAGGUGGAUUUGCCGUUUAA